AACCAUUGGGUACUAACGAAUAUCCUGCACUUGACAUUAUUCCUCUUGGCACUUUCAUCUCUCUGAGAAAUGCUGCAGCACAGCAAAAAACACAACAUCUCGACACAAUGGCUGCCUUUGCAGGAAAACAAACUGUAAGACCAAGAGAUGUUUAUGCC